AUGCCAAAAAUUAUCGAGUUAACAGUGGAAAUAGAUGUACAGAGGGUAUCAUGUCCGGGAGUGUGGUUAUGCCAAGAUGGACGAGUCUCCCUCACAGUGUUUGCGCUGGGAACCAGCUACCAGACCUGUCUACUGCCUCCCAUCUUCCCACUCAUGUUCAAAGACAUCUUCUACUUCCGCAAAAGAUUUCAAGAAUCAUGCGCAUUGAAUAACAUUUGCUGUUUGUUAAAGGAAGAAACAAUAUACUGUGAGCUGGUGCAAUGGUGUGAUGACUGUGCUUCUAGUGAGUGUGUGAUCCUGGCUCAGUACCUGGGAGCUUUGAACGAUGUGCUCUUCCCGCCCAACAUGUGCUCCAACGAUGGAGUGGAUCUACUCAUGAGGAGGGCUAAGGACUUCCCUGGUAUACUAUCUCCUAAAAUCGAGAUAGCAACAAAAGUGCGUAUAGAUGAGGUUUGGAACCAAACUCACCCCGUGCCUUCGACGCUGAAAGUUGCCUGUCAUUGCUCGCCUCGCGACGAGGCUUCCCGACAGAGGCAGGUUUGCCAUUCUGCCCGGUACCAUAGGAACAAAUGUUUGAAACACGCGAGGGGGCCAUCAGGACCAAGGUCAGGAUCACGGUCUGGGUCCUCGGGCUCGAAGUCCUGUUGCAGCCUGACGCAGAACGAUGCAGAGUAUAUCAAUUGUGACUGUCCUAUUCCAAUACCGAAAACUGGUAUGAUGACCUGCCCACAUAAGAACUCGCAACGUCGCAGCCGUUCGCCUUUCCGCGAGUAUUGUGUCUACAAUGUACAAAAUACAGAUACAUGGAUAAACAAACCGUUCAUCGGUAGUAAUGAUACCGAUUCUUAUGAUGAUCAUACGAUAAGAUCAAUGGGCAGCACUGAGAAGCCGUACUCCAACCGUCAGAAAGAGGAAAAACACACAAAAACUAUCCUAGAAAGCAGAUACAUCGACCAUGAUAGAUACACAAACGCCAGCACACAGGACUAUGCGACAAAACAUUUUAAAACUAAAAUAACCCCUUGUGUAUGUGAAAUCUGUAAACGAUACCAUGAACUAUUCCAUACAAACAAAGGAUAA